GACACCACUGCUGUUUUCGUUGACGUUCUUGCCCUCGUGCACGUUUCUUUUCCUCGUCAUUUGGCUGCCGUAACAAUCAGGUGACUUUGAGCCUGCCACUGCGAUUUCAGAAAAGUGCGAGAGCCAUUUGGACUUACACGAAUCUGCACGAGGCUGGGGAUUGGAGGAUUCGCAAAGUUCCUCCAUGGGAUAAGGAGGCUACCGUCUUGAAUCAAUCUCGACGCAAAAUUCCUGAAACCGCUUUUCGGCACUGCGCAAAGGGGAUGCCGUUCAUCAUCUCACUUUAAUUCACCGAUGCUACGCAAUAGUCUGCGCGAUAAGGUUCAAGGAUUUCGCUAUAAUGGAAAAAAAACUACAGUAGGAGUAAUGAAUAUUUGUAAGAGGAUGAUCACAUGGUGUGAUAAGGUUUGAGGUGAAACGAGCUGUUGAUGUCACGUUAUGGGGUGGUUCUUCCUCGCCGGGAUUCUAUUACUUUCCUUAUGCGUGGUGGGACUGCCAUUGCCGCAGGCUGGCGGUGGAGCGGGGGCACACGGGCAGCCGCAGCCCGGCUCGCCGAGCACCCCAGGCCCCGGUGGUGGUGGAAUCGGCAUCAUUGGCGGCAUUGGCGGUGGCGCUGGCGGUGGUGGUGGACCUGCAGGCCUGCUUGGAGGCCCUGGCGGUCCUGGUGCCCCGGGUGGCGGGACCAUCGGAAUGGCUGGUGUUGUCGGCGGGAUUGGCGGAUCUCUGAGCGUUAGUGGCGUCACCACAGGCGAUAUAAGGUCUAUCGGGACUGGAUCAUCCACCAGGCCCAUCCGCCGGGGUCGGGGGUGGCGCGACUGGCGCCGCGGUGACCCCACCCUCCUCAAAGGCCUCUGGAAAUCUAAGGGUCCUUUAGACUCGUUAGGAAAUGCAGAGGUCUAUAUUGUGCUGGCAUUGCUGAUCGGCUUCGUCACAGUCGUAAUUGGUUGCUGGCUUUCGGACAACUGUUGGUCACCGGAACCAGAAGGCGUUGUAACCCUCGCAUAGCCAAGUGCCGACUUCCGGGCAUCCAGGCGAUAACAACUACCCCACCGCCCCCUACACGCCAUCCUUCAGAACGCCAAUCACAUCGACGAGCGAGCUACGACUAAUCAACAACCACUCCUCGACUUCAAUGACAACGACACGUUCCUGCAACUCUACUGAUUCUGCUCAAUCAAUGAGAAAUCAUUAUGAGAAAAUUUCUUACGUUACUCUAAAGACGCACUACAAUUAUUACCAGUUUUAUUCAAAUUUAACCAGUUUGAAUUCUAGUCUGUCCCCAGCGGCACGUUCCUAUUGGUCGAUCGGUCAGUAACAUCAUUAACUGUUUUAACACGAAAUGUACAGUCUUGGACAGUUUUUCUUUUUUCCGUAAUUCUUUCGCGGAAUUUUGCUUCGAUUAUAACUCUCAAGAGUAUUGUGCAUUGCUGAAACCUAAAGAGAUGCACUCUAAUAUCACGCAAUACUCGUAAAAGUAAAUGAGAGAAUUUAACGAAUACGCCUAUUUCGGAGCGAUUUUAAGUUACGCAAAUCACUGAGUGUACGUGUAGGUUCAGUUUAUUGGUAGAUUAAUCGGUGCUGAAAAGUUCUACAGCGCCGUUUCAUUGAUGUCAAAUUAGAACUAACAGAUCAUUGCAUGUAACAUUCCGUUUGCUAGGCGACAUCGAUUAAUGCACAGAGUGCCAUAAUUUUAUUCGAAAAAAUUCGGCACUAUCAAAGUGCUCUAAAUUGUUUGCUAUAUUAGAUUUUAAAUUUUCCUUCGAGUUCUCUCAAUUAUGACACCUUUGGUUAUCUACUAAUAGAUUUCUGAUAAUUAUCAUAGUUAUAAACGUAUCACAUGUAUACUAUUACUUCAGUUUAAUACAGGUUCAACCAUGGUGUCCAUGUGGAUCGAGCUUAACAAUAGUUUAUCUAAGUUAUAAGUGUAAUGUAAGGGUAUCGUAUUGUACGAAUUAUACCGACAAAUGAAGUGCACGAAUUUGAAAGGGGGCGAGGAAUAUUAUCAGUGUUACAGGAAUGAAACUAGCAUGAUCUAAAAUACACAAUAUGGCGUUUGAGGAGCGCAAUGCUAUUCAUUGCUUGAACAGACCGGAAGUUGGCAGCAGAAUAUAACUUAAACGUACACGGGACGAUCAAUAAUUAUAAGAUGGGUUUAACUGGUAGGUAUAUCCCACAUAUGUAGAAGUACUUGUCAAACCAUGGGAUCGGAUAAACUUUCAUUACACGAAAUUGACAAAGAGAGAUCGAAUGAUAAUAUAAAGACGGUCAAUAUAUUCGAUGAUCAUCAGUCAUCAUUUUAUGAUACUGAUUGAUUUAAUUGAAUAACCCAUUUUUACCGUACCUUUUAUUAGACAAUAGUUUAAUUGAAAAUAUAUUUUUCAAAAUGUAUUUAUAUGUGGGGCUAAUGUUUUACUAUAUUUCAAAACUAUGAUUGCUUCAAACAUCGCGAUAAUUGUAAUGAAAGUAUCUUCUUCCAGAAAACAAAACUUUGAUAGAAGUAGGGUAUUUUAAUUUAUAUUAAUUUAUCGCGCAAACGCAGUGCAUGUAUAUUUUUGCAAGUAAUAUUGUUCUUUACGCGACAAUUUGUUUACGAAUUAAUUUAAAAAUAAAAUGUAAGUUGCAUGCUAUUUUUGGAUGUGUAACAUACGUAUGUAAAAAUUACGCAUACAUCGUACACUUUUAAUCUUUAAUUUUUCCUGACAAAAGUCCCCUCUUCGUCAUCAUAAAACAUACACAAAUAUGCAUUCACUCCAGUUGAAUAAAAACAUAAUCCAUCAAGUACGUGUAAUUUACGGUUCUCGAAAUUGGAGUUUCAAGAUGGCCUUUGAAACUUCUCAAUCCUUUUAAUAUUGUUUGAUCAUUACCGUGUGUAUGUACUGUGAUGUUAUAUUUCUAUAUGUCACGCCACAAAGAUAGGCCGUUUAUCUCGAAGGUUUCGAGACGGUAGCAAGGCGCUCGCACUGGCAACUGUCACUCCAGAGUCACAAAUAUUGUUUCAUAUUAUAUUAUUCUUAUAAUUAUCUAUUUGUUCUAUCUUAUUUAUGUACCAACGUUCAUAAAACGUAUAGCGCUAUUUGAUGAAAAAAUCUGGAUGACGACUCAUAAUCGCAAGUGAAAAGAUCCAGGAAAAGGCAGGAUAGUGUAACAGUAUCUUGUCAUUCAACCUUUUAACGCUCAAUUUUAACGACGAAAUAGUCACGUGACUGGAAAUAACGUUACGGAUAUUUUAUGUUCAUAAAAAGGGUAUAGCAAUGAAUUUUUAUUCCUAUCUUACUCCAAAACUCCAGUCUAUUCUAAGCAGUGCUAAUAGUUGUUCCAAAAGUGGAGAUAAAUCUCAGUAUCAGUAAAAAAGAAGAAGAAUUUACUGGUGGUGUUCAAGUGAUUUCAAGCUUGUACAAGUAUAAUGUCAUCUGCGAAUAAAUAUUAUGCCUGGCUGCAUGGAUGUACAAAAUUUAUUAAGAAGAAAAAUGAAGACAUGUGAAAAAAAUACUGGCGGCUCUUGUUGCUCUACAAAGUUGUUCGCAAUGCCACAUAGUUGUGCAAUAUUCAUUGCUAACAAAUACAUGAAACGAAUAAUUAUAUAUUUGUUUAUAAAAAAAUUUUUCAAUUAUCCAAUCUUAAAACCAAGUUUUAUAUAUAUAUUUUUUACUGAUUUUUUAUUGAUAAAUAAUUUGAUAAGUGCGCCUGACAUUUGCGCACCUAGAAUUUCGAGAUUGUAGCUCUCAUCAGAUCGGCUAUGGCCGGUGAUUUCAAGGCGAGUUGGAAUACAUACACAAACAAUCCAAUAAAAACUGUCAAAACUGGUCGUUCUCUGUAUAUUUCUACAUUCCGCAAAUCGGCUUGCGUUAAGUACGUGAAGGAUGCAUGUGACGUCGAUGACAGCCCCGGACGAUUUAAAAACGCUUUUCCGUCGAUAAAAGAAAAUGUUAUCACUUACAUUUCAAUGAAGAAUAACAUAUCCCAAAGUCAAGAAAAUCGGAGGGUAACACCGGAAACGGUUUUCUUGUUAGUAUCGUCGGUGCGAGUGCCAUGUAGAUCAUUUGCCUAUUGUAAAGUAUCAUUAAUCUCUAUCGGUUGAAAAGUUUCGUGUAUAAGGAGGCAAGUCCCUUGAGAUAUUUCCAAACAAGCGAGAAUUUUCCUUAUUGAAGUGUUUACUUAACUUGUCAGCAUAGUAUUGUAGCUUUCUUAAAAAAGAACACAAGAUCAACCUCGUUUUCUCAAAUUGAGUCAUUGGUUUUG